UAAAUAAAUCUUAAAAAAAAAAAAAAAAAGGCUCAGAGCUGGCUUCCUCCCUCUCUGCUGUUGGACGCGUGAGAACACCUCCAGAGGAGCUGCUGCUGGCACAUUGGGGUGGAGACUCUGAGAGGAACAAAUUAGCGACACUGACACCUCCAGCACCAAGCCUCAAAGCAAGGUCCCCUCGCCUUGAUGGAUUACACCCUCGAGCCCAACGUGACAGCAGUGACUGACUACUAUUACCCUGAUAUCUUCUCGAGCCCCUGUGAUGGAGAACUUACCCAGAGACGCAGCAAGUUGCCGCUUGCCAUCUUCUACUGCCUCCUGUUCGUGUCAGGCCUGCUGGGAAACGGUCUGGUCAUCCUGGUGCUUGUGGCCUACAAGAAGCUGCAGAGCAUCACGGACAUCUACCUCUUGAACUUGGCCCUGUCGGACCUGCUCUUCGUCUUCUCCUUCCCCUUUCUGACCCACUAUCAGCUGGACCAGUGGGUGUUUGGGACUCCGAUGUGCAAGCUGGUGUCUGGCCUCUAUUACGUCGGCUUCUUCAGCAACAUGUUCUUCAUCACCCUCAUGAGCGUGGACAGGUACCUGGCUGUCGUCCAUGCUGUGUGUGCCCUCAGAGUGAGGACGGCCAGGACGGGCGUGGCUCUGAGCCUGGCCGUGUGGCUGACCGCCAUCAUGGCCACCAGCCCGUUGCUGGUGUUUUAUCAGGUGGUCCCUGAAGACGGCGUUCUGCAGUGUUACUUGUCCUACAACCAGCAGACUCUGAGGUGGAAGAUCUUCACCCACUUGGAAAUGAACGUCUUGGGCCUGUUGAUCCCCUUCGCCGUCCUCAUGUUCUGCUACGUCCGCAUCCUGCAGCAGCUGAGACAUUGCCAAAACCACAACAAGACCAAGGCCAUCAAGCUGGUGCUCAUUGUGGUCCUUGCGUCCUUGCUCUUCUGGGUCCCCUUCAACGUGGUCCUCUUCCUCACCUCCCUGCACAACAUGCACGUCUUGGACGGCUGUGUCAUAAACCAGCGGCUGAUUUACGCCACCCACGUCACGGAGGCCAUUUCCUUCACGCACUGCUGUGUGAACCCUGUCAUCUAUGCCUUCAUGGGAGAGAAGUUCAAGAAAUACCUCUCCGACAUAUUUCAGAAGAGCUGCAGCCACGUUGUCUUCUACAUAGGCAGGAACGUGUCCCGGCAGGGCUACGAGAGGUCAUCUUCCUUCCCCCCGUCUUCCUCGCGUUCCUCCACCAUGGACCACAUCUUGUGAGGAGGGGCCCUCAAAGCAGGUGUCUGCUUUCGUCACCACUCUUCUCUAAAGAGGCAACAGUGACUUAUAUAGGAAUCGAAGGUCACACGAAGAAAAACUCUCAGAACUUUGGUUAUGGAUCUGAAACAUAUCAUAUGAUAUUCAAUGAAUUCCUAUUAUUGCAGGUCAAUCUCAACUUUCAAAAACUGUGUCACUCUUUUCAGUAGUCUGCUGUUAAGUAAGAUGUUAGUGGUAGGGUAUUUUUAAAAUCAUAAUCUUAAAGAAGUUACCUUCUGUUCUUAACUUUCUGAAUGUCUGUAUCAUACAUGAAUUUAAAUUUUAUCAAAUACCUUUUCCUUAUAUUGGGAUUGUCCUAGAGUUUCCCCCCGUUAUUCUACUAAUUUGGUAUACUACACUAAUUUCCUACCCUAAAUCAACCUAUAUUUUCCCUGAAAAAAAAAUAAAAAGACCUCUUGGUCAUAGUAAUUUUUAAACAUAUUUUUCUUUUCUUUCUUUCUUUCUUUCUUUCUUUCUUUCUUUCUUUCUUUCUUUCUUUCUUUCUUUCUUUCUUUCUUUCUUUCUUUCUUUUUUGACAGGCAGAGUGGACAGUGAGAGAGAGAGAGAAAGGUCUUCCUUUGCCAUUGGUUCACCCUCUGAUGGCCGCCGUAGCCAGUGUGCUGUGGCCGGCGCACCGCGCUGAUCCGAUGGCAGGAGCCAGGUGCUUCUCCUGGUCUCCCAUGGGGUGCAGGGUCCAAGCACUUGGACCAUCCUCCACUGCCUUCCCGGGCCACAGCAGAGAGCUGGCCUGGAAGAGGAGCAACUGGAACAGAAUCUGGCACCCCGACCGGUACUAGAACCUGGUGUGCCAGCGCCGCAGGCGGAAGAUUAGCCUAGUGAGCCGCGGCGCCGGCCAACAAAAUUUUCUUUUUAAUUGACUCAUAGAACCUGUACAUUUAUUUCUGGUGUUCAGUGUAUGGCCACGCCUGUGUGCAAUGGGUAAUGAUUAAAUCAUGCUGACUGGCGUAUUCACCCCCUCAGACAGUUAUUCUAUCUUUGG